UUUUUAAUCCACUUGUUCUCUUCCUUACUCCUUUUAAUUCCCAAAGAUGGAAAACUCUCUUAAACAUUGUACUCUGCAACUGUGCCUAAUGUUGAUCUUGCCUGCUCUGUGCUAUAGCCAAACUUAUGUAUCAAAAGCAGCCUUUUAUAACACAGAGGAUGGCAUGGGCAAUCCAAGUGGAGCUUGUGGGUAUGAAGAAUAUGGACGAACUGUGAACAAUGGAGAAGUUUGUGCAGUCUCUAGGCGUCUAUUCAAGAAUGCUGCUAGCUGUGGUGGAUGCUACCAGGUAAGGUGCAGAAAUAGGGGACUAUGUUCCCAAGAGGGAAUAAAAGUAUUGGCUACUGACCAUGGAGAAUCGCAUGGAACAGACUUUAUUCUAAGCUACAGAGCAUUUGCAAGAUUGGCCAAACAAUCAAGCACGGCUCAGGUUCUUUUUGCAAAAGGCACAGUUGAUGUAGAAUACAGAAGAGUUUCUUGCAGAUAUGGAUCCAACAUCAUGGUUAAGAUCCAUGAACAUAGCAAGUAUCCUGAUUACCUUUUACUAGUUGUUAUGAACCAGGGUGGUGCUAGUGACAUCCUUGCACUCGAAGUCUACGAGGAGGAAACAAGUUCAUGGAUAUCAAUGAGACGGGCAUAUGGUGCAGUUUGGGAUUUGUCAAAUCCACCAAAUGGAGACCUUCAAGUGAGGUUCUUAGUCAGUGCUGCCGCUGAGACCAAAUGGGUGCAGUCAGAGAGAGCUGUAAUUCCAGCUGAAUGGACUGUUGGAGAAACCAUUGAGACUGACAUUCAAGUUUCUUAAGCAAUUUAAAUAUUACUAUGCAAUAUAUUUUCCAACAUAUAUAUUAUUGCCUUUCUAGGCAAUUACUCGUAUAUUUCCUAUAUAGCUAUUAGUAGGUCGGACGAAUUUACGUCGUGUGAUGAGUAGGUGCUGGGAUGUUUGUGUUGAUUAUAAUGAUGACCUUAGUCAUAUACUAUGUACUGCUCGAAUGUUAUAUACAAUAUAUGAAUAAAGUUCACUCUUUUUGUUUAA